GAGUGCAUAACAGAGAUGGACAGGACGGAUGAAGAAGAUAAACAACAAAGACACGGCGAAACUGAUGAAAAGGAAAUUGAAGAGCUGGAAAAGUCAAGAAAUGAAAUUGCGACUAUUAAACAGACUAUGUGGUCUGUUCGCUGUUUUCAGACCUGGUGUGACGAGAAAAAUCUGGCUAUUGAUUUUAACACUACAACCAAAAGUGAACUAAACCAGGCUCUUCAGCAGUUUUAUGCCACCGUUAAAAACGCGAAAGGUGAACCGUACGGUUUCAGCAGUUAUGCUUGCCUACGUUCAGGGCUCAACAGAUACAUCAAUGAUCCACCGAUCAACCGAAUCUUGUGUCUGUGGAAAGAUCCCGAGUUCACUUCCAGCAACAACGUAUUCGUUGAAGUAAUAAAGAAACUUAGACGAGAACGACGUGACAAAACAGCCCAUCAUCCUGCGUUAACAGAGGCGGACUACAACAAAAUCAGGCACUCCCCGGUACUAAAUCCAAAUACACCUGAGGGUCUUGUCAACAAAGUCUGGUUUGAUGUGCAGCUGCAUAUGGGACGCAGGGCUAAAAAGAGCAACCGCCAACUGAAGCCCGACUCAUUUAUCAUUCACAAGGACGAGAAGGGUCGGAAGUAUGCGACACUCGACGAAUUCUGCACAAAAGACUACAAAGAUGCUGCUGGGGAAAUAAACAAAAUUUGCCUAAGGUUAGGUGGGUUUAUGUUUGAGAAUCCUGGUGAUCCGUUGUGUCCUGUCGCUUCUUUGGAGAAAUACCUGUCCUUGCUGCCGCCUGAUCCACCUGCAUUUUAUCUCCAUCCAAAGCGGACAAACUACAGCAAAAAUGACUGGUAUACUAAAGAGCCCAUGGGGUUGAACUUUCUUGGCUCUAUGUUGCCACGAAUUUGCAGAGCAGCUGACACUAAGACGAUCUACACCAACCACUGCCUGAGAAGAAGCACUGUCCAUAAAUUCUCUGAUGCUCGCCUAGCAGCAACAGGAAACGUGUUAUUGACAGUGCAUUCACGUAAAUCGUCCCUGCAAAACGCCACUGAGGUACGUGUGAUGGACCGUCAGGAGGGCCUGAUGGGUGAACAUCAGAACAUCCAAGAGGAGGCGGCAAUGAACAUGGAGGACACAGCCGAGUGUUCAGAGCAACUAGUCAUCGCUAAAGUCGAGGACUUGGGGGAUGAAAUUCCAGUGCAUGUAGACCCGACCAUAGAUCACAGUGAGAAGAAAGAGGUGGAUAAACCUGAAAAUGCAGGUAAAAACCCAGAUAAAGAAAUAAAAGCAGAGGUGCCUGCAGGAACAAACCCACGGCCAGUGUUAAAAGGUGAAACAAAAUCUCAAGCGGCCCAGCCCACUGUCCCACUACCUGUGAAUAUCAAGGAUGAACCAAUGGAUGAAGAGUAUGAGAAAGCCUCAACACCACAGCAGCCCAUAGGAAACGUUAAGGAUGAGCCUGACGCCUCAGCCGACUUCAGCCAAAAACCAGAUGAAUUGAAAAUCAGCGCUGUGUUUACUGUGGGAGGAAAGUCAGAUGGAGCUCCAGUAGCCCCCCCAGGUCCAGUACCCACACUUCCUCCACUGGCCCCUGCCUUUCCAAUUGGUGUCGUCUGCACGGGCUGUAAAAAAGUUCUGCUAAAGGGCCAGACAGCUUUCCAGCGCAAAGGCUGUUCGAAACUCUACUGUUCACCUCAGUGUCUCUGUACUGCUUCUAAUUUGGUGGUCAAGGCACCUCAGAAGAAAACAUGUCACUGCUGCCACAAAGAAAUUGUUGACUUAAAGGAAGUGCUCAACGCCCCAGACACAUCAGGGGGUAUGAAGGAGUUCUGCAGUCACAAAUGCCUAAAUGCCUCGACCUUCAUGUGCAGUGUAUGUCAGAAGACUGGUGUGAGUUAUACUCACCAAGUGAACAUCAUGGGCUCCAUCCAGAAGCUGUGUAGUGAAGUCUGCUUCAGCAAGUUCCGCACUACCAGUAAACUAACCAUGAACUCCUGCAUGAACUGCAGUGGCUUCUGCAACAGCACCGACAGUUCAUGUCCCACUUUACUGAUAGAGGGCACCGCUGCCAAGUUCUGCACCCAAAACUGUCUCACAACCUUCCUAAAGAAGAGUCAGAAGAAUGUCGCCUGCAAGAUGUGUCUUACCAUGCGCCCGACCGGAGAAAUGGUGGACAGUCCAAACAUAGAGGGCAUCAGAGAGCUCUUCUGCUCCGCCUCCUGUGUCACCGCUAAUAAAGUCCAGGCUGUCAGUUCCUCAGGUGCUGCAGUGGAGUGCAACAGCUGCAAGAAGAAACAGGCACCUCAGUAUCAUCUAGCCAUGUCUGAUGGCACCAUUCAGAACUUCUGUUCCUUUUCCUGUGUAGUGUCAUUUCAGGAGGCUCUCAGUAAGAAAGCAUCUCAAAACCAGGUAAACACUGUAACAUCUACAAGUAACAGCCUACCUACCCCAAUACCUGCUGCCGCCCCCAAACCUGCAUCAAAACCUGAACCCAGCUCUUCAAAGAAGACUAAUGCACCGGUGCAAACAGUCACCAAAAUCCCCUGCGCUCAAUGUCUACAGUCGUUCUACCACAAGCCAGAUCUACUGGAGUACAAGAGAAAAAUGUAUGCUUUCUGUGGUGGCUCCUGUGUCGAGGAGUUUAAAAAGAUCAACAACAUCAUGGCUCGCUGUGAAUAUUGUAAGAUAGAUAAGGUUAUCAAAGAGGUGAAAAGGAUCAACAAGAUUGACCGGUCUUUCUGCAGUGAGGGAUGUAGGUUACUCUACAAUCAUGACCUGGUCAAGCGCUGGGGAAAGAAACAUUGUCGCAAUUGUCUCUACUGUAACGGCUCGGCUCAGACUUUAGUAAAUAGUUUUGUUGGCAAAAAGCAGGAAGAGUUUUGUGGAAAUGCAUGCUUGGCACAAUACAACUUGAUUCUCCGUCAGGAAGUCAAGUGCACAAUGUGCAAGCAGGCCAAGAAGAUGACUGAGACUGUGAAUUGGCUGGGUGAGAUUAAGCAUUUCUGCACCCUGCAGUGUCUGAUGUUCUUCUGCAGUCUGCAGGGCACCACCGGGACAGUCACUAAAGCUGCGAACAAAAUUCUGCCUGCACCGGGGACGCCCCCAGUAGUAUCUGUAUUGCCUCAAAAUACUGUUAAUCUCACACCAGUGGGAAGUAAAGAUGCCACACCAGUCAUUGCCAAAGUUAUAUCGCUGUCAGGUGCAACUAAUGGACAACCAGGUGCUGUGGGAAACACGGCUCUGCAAGCAUCUGUUCCAGCUGCAACUGCAAAAGUUAAAGGACAUCUUUCGGCGAGUACACAGACAGAUGCCGCAAAGACUCCUGCCCCGCCACCCAAAAUCCUUAAAAACAAGGCUUUACUGUGUAAACCCUUAACCCAAAACAAAGGCACGUCCUGUAAACCAAAUUCAUGUGAUGCGGACACACAAACAGAUUUACCUCAUUUCAUGGUGGUACCUGUUCCAGUACCAGUGUAUGUACCAGUACCCAUGAAUCUCUACACCCAAUACACACCAGAGCCUUUCGGGUUACCGCUGCCAAUUCCAGUGCCCUUGUUUUUUCCCACAACUCUGGACAGCGCUGAGAGCAUUGUGCAGACCAUCCAGGAAAUUAAAGAGAAGAUCCCUAAUGAUCCCCUUGAGGCUGAUCUCAUCAUGAUGGCUGAGAUGGUGGCUGAGGAUGCAGAGAGGGACAAACACACCACACCUAGUGACCAGGCUGGUACCUUAGUGGAUGAUUUUGAUUUUGAAGCUUUAUCCAGCAAUCUAAGUUGGGAAGAGGAUUCGGUCUCUUCUGCCCAGACAUGGGAUCAACCCCCAGAGGUCGAGAAAACUCAGUCAGUUAACCCUGUUACUAUGACUCUCAUCCCCACCCCAACCCCAAUAGAAGAGCCACAGAAGGACCUGGAGGCUGAUUACCCAGUUGAGAACAUUGCACUUUUGAGAGGAAAAUCACAGGAGCAGGAAGUGUCAAGUGCGGUCAAACGGAGACCUCGCAGAAAGGCCCGUGAUGGAUUCCCUCAAAAGAAACGGGCCCGUAAGUCUGCGGCACCGGUAGCGGCCACAUCAGCUCAAGACACCCUGACUAACCUCUCCAAACUGCAACAAGAGUAUGGCGUCAGUGCCUGGAAGGACUGGGUACACUGGAGAAACAGCCAGCCUAACAUGGAGACUCCUAAAUUUGGCUCACGAAGCAUGACGCUAAAAGAGGACUUGUUAAAGUGUAGCACUGCCGAGUUGAGCUACGGCCUUUGCAAGUUCAUCGCUGAGGUCCGUCGACCCAAUGGAGAGAAAUACAGCCCUGAUAGCAUCUUUUAUCUCUGCUUGGGCAUCCAACAGCACCUGUUUGAAAAUGAACGGAUGGAGAACAUAUUCGCAGACAUUUGCUACACCAGAUUCUGCCAGGAUGUGACUUGUUUACUUAAGGAGUGGAAGCCAACUAUUUUACCUAGUGGUUACGUCCAUUCUCGGAUAGAGGAGGAGUACCUGUGGGACUGUAAACAGUUGGGGGCUUUUUCACCUGGCGUGCUGCUUAACACGUUGCUUUAUUUCUUCACCAAGUACUUUAACUACAAAACAGUAGAGCAACACCGUCGCCUCUCCUUCGGCCAUGUCAUACGCUGCUCUCGGAAUAAAGGUAGUGGCAAAGAGGGCUGUUUGCGUUUCUACCCACCCAAAGAGGAGGUAAACGAGGAUGGUGUCCCGGCGAAGAGGAGGAAAGAGGAUGAAGAUGACCGGGAAUCUGUGCUGGAGAUUAAAGAAAAUACCCAGAAUCCCCUCCGCUGUCCAGUCAAGCUUUACGAGUUUUAUCUCUCAAAAUGUUCUCCCAGCGUGAGACAAAGCAUCUCCCAUUUUUACUUGAACCCUGAACGCUCAUGCGUGCCCUGCAGUCCAAUGUGGUUCUCCACAUCCUCACUGAGCGAUGAGGCUCUAGAGGGCAUGCUCACACGCAUCCUCACGGUCAGAGACCUGCACCUGCAAGAAGACCAGCCGCCCCCCGAAUCAGAAUCUGACAGCGACUCGGACUGAGAAACAAGCGCACAUAUAAAUGACUGUAAAGCAGUGGAGGUGUGCCGGUGGAAGAUUUCUCCAUGUUUGAUUCCUUGGUAGUUACAAGGCUGUAUAUAUUAUUUCCUUCAGUGGUCAAAGCAUGAUUUCAAAGUAUAAUUGAGAAAUGCUUGUGUGACGAUGUCAGUAAAAACUGAUGUUGUAUGGGCCAUGGCUACUAAACUUACUGCAGUGUUAUAGUCACUUUUUUAUUAUUCUGAAACACUAAAGUCUAUGGAAGCAUCAUUGUGUGUUUGCUAGAGGAUUUGCUCACUUGUCAUUAAGGAGUAAAUUAAGUAUUGCGGGAUUUAUUGUCAUUUGACAGCCAUGCAACUCCAGGGCUUCCUCUACUAUGGAUAACUCUGGAUUAGUUUAUGGAUUAAUAAAGACCACACAAAUGUAAAUGUCUUA